AUGUCAGCUGGAUUUAACUUCGGAGCCAACAAUAACAGUAAUAAUACUUCACAACCUUCUGGAUCUAGUUUCGGUUCUAAUAAUCCUUCGCAACCUUCUAGUUUUGGUUUCGGUUCCGGCAAUACUGCACAACCUUCUAGUUUUGGUUUUGGCACCAGUAAUAAUUCACAACCUGCUACAUCGCAGCCCCAAGAUAACGCUAGUGCUAGACCACUAUGGUCCAUUGGUUCUUCUGCGACUGCAGAUCCGUAUAAUACAACACCUGUUGCAGGAAGCGGAAUGUUUGCUGGUACAACUGCGGCGACAACUUUCGGAUUUGGCCAAGUAAAACCUACGAAUCCUUCUUUUAAUGCUUCUUCACAGCCUCAACCAUUUAGUUUUCCAACACAACAACAGCCAUCCACAGGCUUUGCUGCACUAAGUAAAGUUUCUACAGCCUCCACGGCAGCGGGCAAUCAAACUACCCCAUUCCCAACUUUUGGUGGAUUCGGUACUAGUAGCACUUCGACAUCUUCAUAUAAUAAUGCUAAUUCUAGUUUUGUCGGAUUUAAACCACCGAAUUCUGAUUCUGGUAAGGCACAAGUAACAACUGCACCAGUAGCAACAGCCUCUACUGGGUUUACUUUAGGAUCUGCUAAAACGGAGGCUUCAUCCGCUUUUAGCAUGUUCGGUGGCGCGAAAACUCAAUCCGCAUUUGGAUUUGGAGGUACACAAACAACCACUGCUCCGGGUAAUUUGGGAUUUGGAACUGUGCAAUCCACCGUUUCUUCAAGUAGUUUUACAACAUUGCCUGGUUCAAGUCAACCUACUCAAGAUACUAACAAGAAAGAGAGCAUCGGAUUUGGCACUAAUCCUACAUCAAAGCCUCCUAGUUUUGGUGGAUUUGGUUUAGGCGCGCCAAAGACAACUCAAGGACAGAGCAUAUCUCCUUUUGGUGCGAUCACGACUACACCGAGUGGAAUAAACAUCUUUUCAAGGACGAAUAUUUCAUCGAUUUCGUCCACUCAACCCACUCAACCCAAUCAACCGAGCUUAUUUCCGUCGGCUGUUUCAACUCCUUCUGUUGGAAUAUUUAAUAAGAAAGAUACGACUGCAACCACAGCUGGUGCUUCGUUACUUCCUUCUACAACUUUAGCAUCAAAGCCUUUACCUACUUUUACAAAAUCACAACUACAGCAACCUAUUCCAGUAACGUCCUCUGCGCCAGGGAGUUCCGCAACAGUAAUCACUACAACGCAAGCUUCAACGUCAUUAUCAUUUUCAACUCCAAGCCUCUUACAACCUAAGACAGGCAGUAUUACACAAGCCAAGCCAAGUGUGCCAAUAAUUACAGCACCACUAUCAACAUCUACUACAACAUCUACUGCGUCUAUUAUUAAACCAGCUUUGUCGUCGAUUCCAGUGACAACGGUCACAACUAGUGCUCCUGAUCAGAUACCUUCCUGGUUGAAAAAUAAUAAUAUCGAAGGUAUAAUUAAAAAAUGGACGACAGACUUAGAUAAUUGUACCAAAAAGUUUCACAAUCAAGUUAGAGAAGUCAAUCAAUGGGAUCAGAAGAUUAUUGAGAAUAAUGGCAGGGUAACCAGACUCGGAGAGCAAAUAAAUAAAGCCGAUUCACUUCAGGAAGAAAUUAACAUUUGUCUAAAUAGUGUUGAGGCUCGUCAGCAGGAGCUUGAAAAAGUUUUGUCAGAGUACGAAGAAAAAUUUGGUGACCCUAGCUUGGAAGCAAUGAACCCAUUAGACAAGGAAAGAGAAAAAACGUAA